CAAGCUGUUAGUGUUUUAUCCUGGCAGGCUCCUCGAGGUUGUUGUGAGGAGUCUAGCCAGUUGGUGAGCUUUGUAAUCUAAACCAGCUGUCCCAGGCUGAGGCCCCCAUUUGCAUUGUUUAACAUACUUAGAAAAUGAAGUGUUCAUUUUUAACAUUCCUCCUCCAAUUGGUUUAAUGCUGAAUUACAGAAGAGAACUAAGCAAAACCAGGUGCUUGCUCUGUAUUCUCUCCAGUGUCUGAGGAGGUACAGACGGCUCCCGAUCUUCUCCAUUACUUGCCCUUUCAUUCUUUGGACUAUAUAUGACAGAGGAACUGAACUGCUAGCAGAGGGUAAUGUUUGGAAAACUUUCUAGUUAUUCAUCAGCACAGACUCUGUUUUUUUUCCACCUUUCCCCAACGGUUUUGGACAUGCAAGGAUUAAGAAGGAUACUGACUGCUUUCACACUGGCUGUCUGCCUUUCAAGCCCUGGAAAAGCACAGCAGCAAUGCACUAAUGGGUUUGACCUGGACCGUGCCUCUGGGCAAUGCUUAGAUAUCGAUGAAUGUCGGACAAUUCCUGAGGCCUGCAGAGGAGACAUGGUGUGUGUGAACCAGAACGGUGGCUAUUUAUGCGUCCCCCGAACAAACCCCGUGUACCGAUCGCCGUACCUGAGUCCUUAUUCCAACCCCUAUCCGCCGCCGCCAGCGCCAGGCCCCGUUCCCAACUACCCCACUGUCACCAGGCCUCUGAUUUGCCGCUUUGGUUUCCAGUUGGAUGAAAACAAUCAGUGUGCUGAUAUAGAUGAAUGCGCUUCAGAUUCUCACCAGUGUAACCCCACCCAGAUCUGCAUAAAUACAGAGGGAGGCUACACGUGUUCCUGCACUGAAGGCUACUGGCUGCUAGAAGGCCAGUGUUUAGACAUCGACGAAUGUCGCUACGGCUACUGCCAGCAGCUGUGYGCCAACGUGCCCGGCUCCUACUCCUGCACGUGCAACCCGGGCUUUACCCUCAAUGAUGACGGGAGAUCAUGCCAAGAUGUGAAUGAAUGCACAAGUGAAAACCCUUGCACUCAGACCUGCGUCAACACCUACGGCUCUUUUCUCUGCCGCUGUGAACCUGGCUAUGAACUGGAAGCUGAUGGAGUUAACUGCAGUGACAUGGACGAAUGCAGCUUCUCAGAGUUCCUCUGCCAGCAUGAGUGUGUGAACGGGCCUGGUUCUUACUACUGUACCUGUCCUUCAGGCUAUAACUUGCUCGACGAUAGUAGAAGCUGCCAAGAUAUCAAUGAAUGUGAAAUAAGAAAYUUCACCUGCACUUCACAGCAAACAUGUUUCAAUAUCCCAGGAGAAUACAAAUGUUUAGACCCAGUACGAUGCGAGGAGCCUUAUCUCCAGAUUAAUGAGAACCGCUGCAUGUGUCCCGCUGAAAACCCYGGGUGCAGAGAUCAGCCGUUCACCAUCCUGUACAGAGUGAUGGACAUGGUGUCUGGGAGGUCUGUGCCUUCGGACAUUUUUCAGAUGCAAGCAACAACUCGCUAUCCUGGAGCCUAUUACAUCUUCCAAAUCAAAUCAGGGAACGAGGGCAGGGAAUUCUACAUGCGGCAAACGGGACCGAUCAGUGCCACUCUGGUGAUGACCCGCCCCGUCAAGGGGCCCCGCACUAUUGAGUUGGACUUGGAAAUGAUCACCGUUAACACCGUCAUCAACUUCAGAGGAAGCUCUGUCAUCCGGCUGAGGAUAUUCGUAUCACAGUACUCCUUCUAAACCUCGAGUUUGUGCCCUGGAAACAUUAGGCCAAAAGAGACAGUUCCUCCUCUGCAGAACUCUCUCCUCAAAAGCCAGUACAUAUAGCAGCUCCAAACCAAAUCACUAUUUCCACAGACCCGGUGACCUAUGCCUGUCUGAGCAGGGAGGCCUCUUCAUGCACAGUCCCCACCAGGAUGCAGACAUCUGAAGAUGCAUUGUCAGCAGAUUCUCCAUGUGGUCAUGUAUUUUAAGGACUCUUCUUUUCACUAUAAACACUUCUAGGGCAUGAGUCUAUGUGAAAGACUGUGAACCUUUGUAGCUCCAAGGCUGCUUAGCAGAAAGCACCAAAGAAACUGAGGAAAAAGCUGGCUUUUGCAAUCUUGGCUUUUUUUAAAAGUUGUUUUUUUUUUCAUUUUAAAUGGAAAGCAGACAAACAAGCAGAAACAGAAACAAAAAACCCACAUAUUGAAACAAGGGACCUCCGAAGUCCUAAUUUGCAUUACAAAUUAUCUCUGCAAUUAUCAGUCAGGCACUUUGUUUCAAUUCACCCUGCAUUUGUUUUAGUUUCACUUGUUUUUUCUUUAAUUCUAUUUUAUAGUUAAAAUUCAUUGUAAAUUCAUUCCAAAAAAACAUGUUGUACUAUGUAAUCUUUUGCUUUCUGACAAAGUGUCACACGUUUGGGUUCCUUUCUGUAUUAAAUCUUUCUAUAUAACAGAGUUCAUAGAAAUCUAUCACUGGAUGGAGUGUUUUACAACAUUUAGGAUUUUAUUAUUAUUUACACUCAAGAUCCUUGACAGAGGCCUCCACUGCCAGAAUAAGUAGAGACUUCAGAGCAGAAUAGAAUCCGAAAAUUUAUUUUUCCCUGUUUUCCUGAGUGUGAUAGUUGCAAACAGUUUGUAAUGGCUACAAAGUAAUAAUUCUAACUCUGCAGUUAUGGCUGCAAUUAAUCUCCUGUUCAAAGACCACUCAAGUCAGACCUGUCCAAAUCCUUCAGAAAAUAUGAAUUGUUCUUUUCAUUUGCAGUCUGUCUCCUACAUUCUUCCUAAUAUGGAGGGAAAUAGCUGAAAAGGACUAGGACAAGUCUUAUGCUUCUACCACAAAGCACUACCCCAAAAGUACCACUACCCCAAUCCCAAACAAUGGGAUCCCACAGCUUCCACGGGCAUUGUCUGCUCAGUUAUAACUGCUGUGACCAAUAGAAAGUUUCUUCUAAAGUCUAAUCUGAAUCUCCAUUGUUGUAAUCUGUUGCUUUUUAGCCUACUUCCAGUAGAAAUAGGGAACAGUUUAUCUUCCCCUUUGCAGCAGCCUAACGUGUCUGAAGACUGUUGUCAUGUCUCCCCUCAGACUGUUCUCCUCYAGUCUAAACAAACCCAAUUCUUUUGGUCUUUCCUCAUACAUCACAUUUUCUGGACCUUUGAUCAUUCUUGUUGCUCUCAUCUGGAUUCUCUCCAGUUGGUUCACAUCUUUCUUGAAGCUCAAUGCCCAAAACUGUGAAAAGUAUUCCAGCUGAGGCCUCUCAGUGCUAAACUAAAUCUAUAUAUAUAUGUUUAAUAGUUUGAAAAAAAAUUAAAAUUGUAUAGUUGGAAGGCAUAAUGCGUAUUGAAGCCACURGCACUUUGGUCUUUUAUUUUAAUAGGGAUGAGGGUUUAUAUGCCUUGUUCUUAAAUUUGUCUAAAAAAAGCUCUUUUGCUUCUUUUUCCCUUACUAGACUAUUUGCUCUCUAGCAUUGCUGUGACACGAAGGAUAAACUUUGCUUUGUCUUUUGAGAACUGGAAGCCGAGGUGCUACUUGGGAGAAGGAGUUUACCAAGAUUGUAAAGUGAGCAACUGGAACCAGAGUAGCAGCAUUAUAUGAGUUCUUCAUUAAAGUGGAGUAUUAAAUGGGGGAAUACUUGGAAAGUUGUUACAACACAGACUGCAUGACACAAUCAGAAAACUGACUCCUGUUCCUAGUAGGCUUUGUGAAUUAGUAGAGACUGCACUUUUUCCUUGCACUCAGCUUCAAGGAAGCCCUGAUGGUCUCAGGAAUGGAGCAUUGAGUUUAGUAGCUUCCGUUUCUUAAUGGUUUAAAGGUUUUCUCUCUGCUGCUACAACAUCCUGGGAUGCUGUGGCUCAGAGCUCUGUCCUUUAUUGUAAAAACAAAAAGGCUGGAGAGUGACUCCAGGGUUUAGUGGGCCAAGCUGGAGGCAGAAAGCCAAUGAGUUUUAUGAGCAGCUGACUUGGAGUAGAUAAAUGCAGAGGAAAUGGGCAGAGAAAUAUCAGAAACAAGAAUUUGUUCCCUGAGUGUAUCAUAGCUCAUCAAAUACCAGAGUCUUGGAAGGAAGGACAGUUUAUAACCAUGGGGCUAAAAGUGCUCCUGUUCCAGACAAUGGAAAUAAAACAUGGGGAACAUGCAGGCUCUGGUAGCCCAGAGAACAGCCAAGGGGUAUAGGCAGGAUCUUGCACUGAAGAUAUCCAGYUCUUAAAAUGCUGACAUCUUUCCCAGUCCAUCUUUCCCCUUUUUGUGCCCCUUUGUUAUGGCUUCUUCAUGCCCAGUUGAGGAGUCGUCUCCUCCUGCCCCCACAUCACCUCUCGGAGAGGAAGYACACUGUGUCAGACAUCAGAGAGUUUGUCACUUCUGGGCUGUUCUCCCAUGGCUCCCACAUACCAACCCAAUUUAACCCUAAUUUAGAAACACCAAAACCCAGAGAAAUUCCAUAGCAAAAUACUUUGUUGAAAGAGUAAAGCUUGAAUGCUUGGUUUUAGCAGGAUCCAGCAAAUACUCGUAAAACAAUAUUACACUUUCUAUAUAAACACGCUGCGCCUUAAAAAAAAAGUGAAAAGUCUGGAAACAAAGGAAUUCAGCCACUUCUCAACCGCCAUAACAUCUUUCAUCACUCGCUAUCACUCCAGCCAAUUUAAACUUUGCCAAAACAUAUGCCAAUCUCAAAAUAAUAAAUUACUAGCAGUUUAUAAUAUCUAAACUCUCUGUUUCCUAGUCAGGGGUCUGUUUUCAAUAGAUCAUCAUAGACUCAAAUAUUACAACAAUUCUCACCAAAUAAAAAAGUGGGGUAUGCAUGUCAGGCUUUUACAGCAUGAAAGUUAAAAAUGUAAACUUGCAACUGCUGCAUACAUUCAUGUUCUUCUUUGAGGCCAGGACUCCUCCAGAGCAGACAGAAUUCCAGGUCUGCUCAGAAAAUGACUCUUUAUUCUAACCCACUGCUGAGGAUUUUCUGACAUGAAGAGUUUUACCAUAUGGUUAAUGGUCAGUAUUCUUACUAGCACCAGAGGAAGGCACAGACCUCUGGCUCUGCUUGCUCAGGCUGUCAGAGCUGUUCCUUUGCCAAGCAGGGAAGGGACAGCUCUUUGCCCCUCCUGCCUGUCAGCUGUCACAUCUGUUUGAACAUAGAUCCUCAGGAGAAAAACUGCCCUCCACUAUGUGUUUGUACAGAACCUAUUGCCAGUGUAAUUACUGGAAUAAAGGUAAAAGAAAGCAGAUAUGGCAGUAAUCUUUGAUACAAAACAUAAUGAUUGGGAAGGAGAAACUAUUCUGAUAAAUGAACCAAGUGAUUCAUGCUAGUUGGGUUAGGUGCCAGAGGGAGUAGAAUGGGUUCUAUCAUCUGGCUUAUUUGACUUUGAGAUAUUCUUAGGGAAUCGACUUUUUUAACACAGACAACAAAAUGUUAUUUUACCCAUGAGUUUCCUGGAUCCCACAGAAUCUUGUUUCAACUGAUGAUUCUCUGAAAUCAUCAGUUGAUGAUUUUCAGCUAUUUGCUGAAAAUAGCUAAACUUACUUUGAGUACCUGGUCGCCCCCACCACUACUCAUUGCAGUGUCCAGCUCAUUCAUACAGAGCUCUCUCCUCUUCAGUUGGGAGCCUGUACUCAUAUUUACCCUUUUUUGACUUAGCUUCUAGAAGAGCCAACUUUUAUUGUAUCAUAAACAUGAUUGCAGCAUCAGCAGAACUUGCAUAUUAAUUUUUCUCUGUUUAGAGCARACAGGGCGAUAUAAUCAAUACAGUUGGUGGUCAUGCAAGUUCCCCAGUCUGGCUUAUUCACAGAAUAUGCAAUUGAAUAUCUUCCAUAACAUGUAGCUGUAUUAGAACACAAURAAAAUGUCAUUGCAUAAAGAUGUUUAAAAAAAGAAAGUAAUGAAAGUAUGCCCUAAUGUUUAUACAAUCCUGACAGGCAUUAUUUUCMAAAUAAAUCUCUAUCCUGGAUGGACAAACCCUUCAGCUGGUAUUAAUCUGCAUGACUGGUGCUUUUCAUUUAAAAGGUAACAAGUGUCCUUAGAAUCUUCCUCAUGUAUGUGUAAAGCACAGUUACCUGUACACUAAGAGAAUUUCCAGAAGCUGCAGAAGAGAUAGUGUGGCUCUGCAUUUGGAAGUCAAAGACCUGUAAGAGAACAUGGCACAAGCAAAUUCUGUUUCCUCAUCUGCCACAAGUCCAGACAUGUGAUUUACACCUGUCACAUUUUGCUCUUUUAAGUCUUUGAACCAAUUUUGAAUAGUUCAACCCCAAAGCAUGAAGACUAAGGCUGUUACUAGACUUUUGGAGAUUCUGCAGAAAGGCUGCACCAGAAAGGGGACAUGUGCUGAAGGGUCAGUGCCACAGGGAGCGCAAUGGCCCACAGGUAUUUGUGUGGGGAUGUCGGUGAUACUGCACUGGCCCCUUUCCUCGCCUGUUUCAGUGCAGGGUGUGACUGAAGUUUUUACCUGUACACAUCAGAUGUGGAAAGCUCACCUAUUUCAUUCUUGGCUCAAACUCUGAGUUCCCUCUAGCGGCUGUCAAAYUGAUCCCUCCAGGUAACUCAACUAAUAAGGUACAGUUUGGGUACAAUAUACACUUCUACACCAGGAAGUAAACAAUGAUGCARUAACCUCAUGUAAAAAUUGAAGAAUGUAUCUGAGUAGCAAAGGGAUUUAUAGGAAACACCUCGGCAAUCAAGAACACCUGAAAUGUUCAAUCUCUUUCAAUUCCCUUUCCCAUAUCCCAGAGGUCAUUCAUUUUCACUUUGGGGUUUGUCCUGGGGAUAAUGAUCUCACUAUGGUCACACACUGCAAGCACAUGCUGAGUGAGCUCCACUUAUUCUCUGGCACUGCUUAACACUUUUCAUUUUGCUUUUUGGAGAUCAGUUGCCGGCUAUUUGUCUUUUCUAUAGCCUGGCUGACCUCAGUUGCUCUUCUCAUGGCCAAGGCAGAUCCAUUAUUUCCCCAUCAGCUUCUUCUGUACCCACCACCUGUGCAAGCUCUUUGUGUGUUUCACUGGAAAUGCAGGCACUGCCAUGUUCAUAAGCAUCCUUAUAGCAAAGUAUCAUGUGUGAAUGGCUGAAGGGAUUGCCCAGCCUGCUGAUAGAGCCUGGCUUCAGGAAYAGGAUUUUUAAAAAACCCACAAUUCCUCAGUUUUGAAGAUGAGAGGUGCUCUUGUAGGUCCCCAUUUUCUCCAGGAAUGGCCUCUGUAUGAUGUUAGCUUCAUAGUCUCAAGGCUUUUCAAGAAGUGUGAUAAGGAUAUGCUUGUGCAAUACAUCCUUAGGCUUUACAAACCUUGGAUAAAGUUUCUCCAAUCUGCAAACAGARUAUGUGGCCCCAAUCAGAGAGUUCAAUGUGACCAUCAUUAUGCUGAAAUUAGUGAUGGCUGAACACCUCACCUCAGGUGUGAAUUUAUCCCAGUUUUAAGUCUCAAAUCUUAGUGUGAGUAGUAUAAAUGUAAGCAGAUAUGUAUUAUUUUUAGAGAAGAGCUGAAAGAUUCCUUCCUGUAAGUAAAUAAUAAUAUGGUUGCAGAAUCUCUUACACUGUGGGCACUGUCUUUGGGUUCUUUGAGAUUUCCUGAGAUAACCUUUAACACUUCAAAAUUUCUUCUGGUAUUUCAAGACAUUCAUUGAUGUGUUUCUAUGAAUGAUUCCUCACUCCUGCUCUUCCAAAACCAGCCCAGGCACUUGACUGUAUUUUGUUAAAACAUGAAGCUACACCCAAGCCUUUGCAUAGUUACAUCAAAUUGUCACAUAGAAAUUGUUCCUCUCUGUAACCUAGCAGGGAUUAUGCUGACUUCCUUGAGAUUCUGCAGUGUUCUGAGUAACACAGGUGCACGUGUUUGUCCAGACUGGGACCAUAGUCUGGAGAUUGUUCAUCAGCAACUUGCUGCACAUGUGUUUCAACCAAUGAGUGAAACCAUAGCUACAAAGGCUCGUUUGCAACAAAAAUCCUCCAAGCAAGGUGUUUCUUGGCUGCCUACACAUAAUGCAAACACAAUCCAAAAAUUCAGGACCAGAGUUCUCCAGCCUUCAUGAGGAAUCCAUGUUUUUCAGAAAUAUUUUGGUCAGUAAACUCAUUUUGUGAUAAUGUGAAAUGCAAACAAAGAGGAAGAARGCCUGCCAAAAUUGCACAGAUUUGUUAUUCAAAUCAGUAUCCCCAAGAAAAGUGGAACAUAGUUCAUCAUUUAAGAAUAUUCCUUUGGACCCUGACAUCUGAUGCCAUUCAGGUAGGGCAGGAAGACAGAAAAGCUGCUUCCAGAACAACAGCAGCUGUUUGACAGAGAUCCCUGGGCUCCUGCACUGACUACAAACACCUGCUAGCCCAAGUCAACACCCCAGGUCAGUGAGAAAGAAACAAAGCUCAGAGAGACAUAGGGCUGAGGAGAGGUAACAUAGAGCUGAGGAGAGGUAACUUCACUGACUUCUGAAUGAUAUCAAGUGAAGAUUUACAUCAUAAUAUCUAUAAAAWUUCUCACUGCAUUUAUACAUGUCUAUAAACGAAAUAUUUUAAAUUAUCAAAAUUAAAAGGACCAAGCUGUCACCUACCACACACAUUACUACCUGCAGGAGGCUUUAGUGUAUCCGUCUGCCAUUCCCCAGGGCUGUGCUCACUUAGAAUUUCCCAGUCUGAUUUGGUGUGAGUUAACAAUGGUGUGACAGCAUUCAGUUCAAGCAGGGUAGUCAUACCCAUGGAUGYGAAAAGAGAGGUACAGAGGCAUUAAAUUACAAUUGAACCAGAAAGUUAAUAAAAAAGAGCUUGCUGAUUAGUUAACCUUCAAUGCUUUAGUUAUGAUGUCAUUGCCAUGCACAAAAAUAAUCAAGUAGAAACACAAUAUUAAAAAGGAGAUUAUCUCUUUAGAAAGAUAAGUACCCAUGUAGCCUAUAAAUAGCUCYGAAAUUAAGACAUCCCACACAACAUCUGGAAGAGGAAGAAUUCAGUCCUUGACCUCUAGCAUCCUUGUCUCCCAGAGCAGGAUUAAGCACAGUUGAUCCUUAUCGGGAUACAGACACAAUGGCUGUUUGAUGGUCGAGCCAAGAACAAGGCAGGCACAGCCAGAGGCAAGGGGAGGACACAUCAAGAUAAUGUAAAAGUAUUAAAGAAUGCUCUCAGUGUGCAGGAUCUCUGAGACACAUCUCUCUUGCUCUAUAAAGCUUUCUAGCUUUGUUUGGGAAAUGCUAAYGGUCACUUCAAUAAAAAUGGAGGGAUGGCAACAUCCAUAUGUUUGAAUGCAGAAUCUGUUUUCAAAAAUAUUAUGCCCUGGCCAAUCUAUCACCCAUUGAGAUGCACUGGAUACCAGAAACCUCYAAGUACAAUUUUAGGCAUAGCCCAUAUAGUGCCACCUUACACCAACACUUUAUCCUGCAGCCAGUGCAGGUGGAAGGAGAGGAACCCACUGCCCUGCUUCAAUGGAUGCUCCACAGAACUUCUGCUGCUGUUUAAACAGUCAUUUCCCCAACUCUUACUUACAGGCUGUCUGGAUUAAUAAACAUGUUAUAUUUUGAAAUCUUAUUUUCUUUUAUUUUUUUUCUUUAAGAAUAAUUUUGUACUCUAAUUUUAAAUGGAUAUUUUCAGUGUUCCUCAUYCUGUCCCUUUAGCCAAUAAGCACUUACUUCUUUUGUAGCAGAAAAUGAGCUUUGGUGAAUACACCAAUAGGGACUAUUUUAAAGAUUUUUUUUAAGAAAAUAAAUAAGUUGCUAACAAAAAUUAUAAUUGAAUUCUGGCUCAUUUUGAUCAUUAACUAGUUUAGUGGUCUUCAUAUAACAUCACUGCAAGUAUUCAUGAUGGAAUUAUGUAACCUCUUUGCAAAGCAAGGUGAAUGAAAAUCAGUGAUUCUGGURCAUCUACUGGUCAAAAACACUAGUGACACAGAGGCAGUA